AUAAAUUAAAUCUAUAACACAACCCACUUGAAUUUAAAUUUGGACCUCCUAACAUCAUGUUGGGUCCAACAAUUUUUAUUUAUUUUAUAUACAAAUACCAAACAAACAAUCAUCCAUGGAUGGAGAAUGGGUUCUCCAUUUUGAAAUGGGGAAUAAAGAAAUAAUACACAUAAGGACGAAUGAUGUUCGAUUUGGGCAUAGAAUAAGAGAAUGUGCCAUAUUAUCCCAUAAUUAUCGCUUUCAAAUUAACCAAUGACGAGAGGAAACUGAUGAUGUUGCGGGGUUUAGCCUUCAAUCCAAAAAUUCUUCACUUCUCUCCUUCUCUUCCUCUCUUUUCCUUAAAUUCCCCUUCUUUCUCUUCCCGUCUUCCAUCUUUCUCAGGAAGAAAGAAUUCCAUUUUACAGGCGCAAGGACUUGGUUUUAAGAGUGAGAACCAACUAGGCACAACAAUGGAUCUAGGCAAGGAAGUGCCGGAAUUAAAUAGGAAUCUUUAUCCACCUAUAGAGCCGUAUAGUUCAGGUUUUUUGAAGGUUUCAGAUCUUCAUUCAAUCUAUUGGGAGCAGUCAGGAAAUCCAAAUGGGCAUCCAGUUGUUUUCAUUCAUGGGGGCCCAGGAGGAGGGACCUCACCAAGUAACAGGACCUUCUUUGAUCCUGAUUUCUACCGAAUCAUUCUAUUUGAUCAGCGAGGUGCUGGUAAGAGCACACCCCAUGCAUGCUUGGUGGAUAACACCACCUGGGAUCUUGUCAAUGACAUUGAAAAGCUAAGAGAGCACUUGGAAAUUCCAGAAUGGCAGGUAUUUGGUGGGUCAUGGGGAAGUACACUGGCCCUUGCAUAUAGUCAGUCACACCCUGACAAGGUCACUGGUAUGGUCCUUAGAGGGAUCUUUCUGUUGCGGAAGAAGGAACUUGAUUGGUUUUAUGAGGGUGGUGCUGCUGCUAUAUAUCCUGAUGCUUGGGAGCCUUUUAGAGAUCUUAUUCCAGAAAAUGAAAGGGAUUGUUUAAUUGAUGCCUACCACAAGAGAUUAAACUCUGAUGAUAUGGAAACACAAUAUGCAGCUGCUAGAGCAUGGACAAAAUGGGAAAUGAUGACUGCUCAUCUUCUUCCAAAUGAAGAGAACAUCAAGAAAGGUGAUGAUGAUAAAUUUUCAUUGGCAUUUGCAAGGAUUGAAAAUCAUUACUUUGUGAACAAGGGUUUCUUUCCUUCAGAUUCAUUCCUGUUGGAUAAUAUUGAAAAGAUAAGGCAUAUUAAUGCUACAAUUGUACAGGGAAGAUAUGAUAUGUGCUGUCCUAUUAUGACAGCUUGGGAUCUUCAUAAAGCUUGGCCAGAGGCAGAUUUCAAGAUUGUGCCAGAUGCUGGUCAUUCGGCCAACGAACUAGGAAUAGCUGCUGAACUUGUUGCUGCAAAUGAGAAGCUGAAGAAUAUUAUCAAGAAUGGUGGACCCUGAGAUGAUUAGGUGCAGUACUCAAUUUAGAAAAUUACCAAUGCCCUAUACUAUAAUAAUAAGAAACUGAGAGGCAUUAUUCCCAGUACUAUCAUCUGAGAUUCACAAGAAAAUGGGUGUCACUGAUUUUGAAACUAAUUUUAAUAGGAUUUAAUUUAUGAAUGCUUUCUGGUCAUGUAUUUUUGCUCUGCUUUGGCAUUGCCCUGUAUUUUGAUGGAGUGGAGUCCCUUCAAGACAGAGUAUGAAGGAACUAUGUAGAGUCUUUAUUUCAAGUUCGUAAUGUCAGAAUGAGAAUGGUUUGAAAGGAA